UUGGCGGAUCCGCCCCAGCCUGCCCCCGGCGGGACCGAGCCUCGCCGAGCCCCCGGGGCUUGCCAUGGGCGAGGAGGCGGCUCAGCCCCGGCGGCCCGGGGUCGGCGUGGGGGUGGUGGUCACCAGCGCCGCGCACCCCGACUGCGUCCUGCUGGGCAAGCGGAAAGGCGCGCUGGGCGCCGGCACCUACCAGCUCCCCGGAGGGCACCUGGAGUUCGGGGAGAGCCUGGCGGAGUGCGCGGCGCGGGAGACGCUGGAGGAGGCGGCGCUGCGGCUGCACCAUGUGCGGUUCGCGUCAGCCGUGAACGCGGUGUGCGCGUCCCAGCGCUACCACUAUGUCACCGUGCUCAUGAAGGGCGAGGCCGAGCCGGGCGCCGAGCCGCGCAACCGGGAGCCCGACAAGAACGAGGGCUGGGAAUGGGUCAAAUGGGAUGAAUUUCCUCCAGCAGAUCAACUGUUCUGGGCCUUACGCUGUUUAAGAGAGCAAGGUUACAAUCCCUUUACAGAAGAGCUGGAUCAUCUAAAGGGGUACACGGGAAGUCACCAAUUAGAGUAAAAACAAAUUGUAUGUUAUGUAACAAACUAAAGGACAGACCCGCUUUUUUGGUGUAGAAGAAAAAAAGAUAUGAAGUGCUAACCCUGCCCAUGUGAAAAUAUUAUCUUUCCCAAAGAACAUAGCAACUGUUUCAGUGUUUUUCCCAUGUUUCACACGACAGUUGUCUCUCAUUCCAGACCCAUUUCUAGGUUUAGUAGUUAACAAUUAACGUUUGCUUUUACAGAAAAUUCAGUGUUUUAUCUAGUUAAUCUUUAUAUUGAUGAACAGCCAUUUGGAAAUCAGCACUAGCCAGGGAAGCUUACUCACUUAAAAGCAGUUGCAGCAAAACUUACUCAUUUAAACCUGCCUUCCUGUAAUUACUGGACCAAUUUUAAAACUUAGCCUUGUCUCUUAGCUUCAGUUAUGAAGCUACUGUCAUGAACAAAAAUUGCAUUUAAUAGACAAUGCCUUUUUUCCCUGCAGACAGCAGUAUAUACUUGAAAAUCAAAGGAGUAUUAAAAAUUUGAAAAGAUUACCAUGACUUAUUGCAGAGAAUGAAAAUUCCCUGACCCUUCUUGCCAGUUGCUUUCAUAACAGUUCUGUUUAGAGCCUCAGUUACAUUGAAUUUAUCUGCAGCAAUGUCUCAGAUCUCUGCAAUUGAUCUGAAUUUGUAACUGAACUCUCGGAAUGGAGAGGUGCCUACUCUACUAGGCUGACACAAAUCUCAUUUAUAGGUGCAGCUCCAUGGCAAAAAUCAUACUUUGUGGCUAAAAAGAGCUGUCAGUAUUAAACAGCACAGAUGAGUGUAAUUCUGUAUGACUGGCUACUGAGAUUUGGUAAAAUAGUGAAUUUUCAGUUUGACUGAUUAAAUGACUGAGUUGUUAGUGAAUGAAAUUACAGUACAUACAAUACCAAGGAGUUCAUAUAUUUUUUUUUUUUUAGAAUCUGUAACUAAUUUUGAUUAAUUGUCACCAUCCAGCUGUGGUCACUAAGAUAUCAGCAGUUAAUUGUAGGAUAUAAUUUUUAAAUAAAUCACUAAUUGGCUCAUU